UGUAAUAAAAAGAAACAAAAAGUAAGUAUCAAUAUGCACAACGCAAGUGAACCCCUUGCCUAAACUUGACUCUAUCCUGUGGUAGUAUUAUAGUAAUAUACUCCAGAAAAUGGAGAAUCAAACAAAAGGAGCCAUGAAAAUUAACCAUGUUGUCAAAUCUGCAUUUUCUAUUCCCAGGAAACAAGUUUACAGUUUCAUUGUUUCCAUACUUGUCUUUCUACAUUUCCAGGCCGGUUCACAGAGUAACGUAUAUGAAAAUGAGAAGAGCAUUCUGUUAGAGUUGAAUCAAUUAUGGGGAGAUCAACUAGGAUUCGAGUCAUUGAAUUCCGAUUCCUCAUACUGCAAUUGGUUUGGUGUAGAAUGCAGAAAUGGUUCUGUCACAAGCAUCCAUCUCGGAGAGAAACAACUUACUGGAAUAAUUCCACCAAAUAUAUGUGGACUCAAAAGCCUAGAAGAGAUAGACCUGAACUCCAACAACAUCAGAGGAGAAUUUCCUACAUAUUUGUACAAUUGCUCAAAGCUGAAGUUUCUUUAUCUUUCUUGGAAUCAAUUCCAUGGACCACUGCCUAGUGACCUUAAUCGCUUGUCGAGGCUAAUCCAUUUAGAUAUUGCUGGAAACAGCUUCACUGAGAUCCCAGGAUCCAUAGGUCAGCUUUCUGAACUGCAAUAUCUGUCUCUUAAAUUUAAUAAUUUCAACUUGUCAAUACCCCAAGAAAUUGGAAAUUUGUCAAAGCUUGAGACCUUGGAUAUAUCCUAUAUUGAGAGCUUUAAGCAAGCCAUAAUUCCAGUGGAAUUCGGAAAAUUGAAGAAAUUGAAAUACUUAACUAUUAGUCAGUCAAAUUUGAUGGGGAGCAUUCCAGAAACAUUUUCUGCUCUUUCAGGUCUAGAGACCUUGGAUCUGUCUGGCAAUUACUUAAAUGGAACGAUUCCAAGCUAUUUUUUCCACUGGAAGAAUUUAACCUCUCUUCUCUUGCUGGAUAACCAGUUUUCUGGUAGGUUACCGACUUUGGCAGCAAAUUUGGAAAUGAUGAGGAAAACUCAAGAAAUAUCUUUUAGUCUUUCAAAUCUCCAAGUCUUGGAUCUCUCAGGAAACCACCUAAAUGGUUCGAUUCCAGGCUACUUGUUUCAUUUCAAGAAGCUAUAUACUUUGUAUCUGCAACAUAACCAAUUUUCUGGGAUUUUACCAAAUAUAGCUGGAAAUUUGAGAUUAAGGACAUUGGAUCUCUCAGGAAAUCACCUAAACGGCUCAAUUCCAAGCUACUUGUUUCUUUUCAAGAAGCUGGAUACUCUGUAUCUGCAGGGUAACCAAUUUUCUGGGAGUUUACCCACUAUAGCUGGAAAUUUAAGAGUAAGCACAUUGGAUCUUUCGUCAAAUCAGCUCUCUGGAUAUAUUCCACGAGAAUAUGACAAGAAUUAUGGUUACUUAUUUAGCAAUAAUCUCAAUCUCUGUAGCAGUUACACCACUCUUUACAUCCAAGUUCCACGUUGCAGUCGCAAAACCAGAGUUGCUAUAGCCAUUGCGGCUCCUAUUGGAUUUUUACUCAUUGUAACAUUGUUAUGCUGCAUAGUUAAAAAGAGCUGGAAUUUCUCUGUAGUCCAAUUCAUAUGGAGUAAGAAGAGGCAUGAGAACCAAGAUCCAGAGUGGAUGUUCAUUUCUUUUCAACGAUUAGAAUUCACAGAAUCUGAAAUUUUAGUGAAUAUGACAGAAGAAAGCUUGAUUGGAAGUGGAGGUUCAGGGAAGGUCUAUCGAGUUGGUGUUAAUCCUAAUGGGAAGUUUGUCGCAGUUAAGAGAAUAUGGAACAAGGGAAAUUUAGACAACAGACUUGAGAAACAGUUCCUUGCAGAAGUUGAAGUAUUGGGUAGCAUCCGACAUUCCAAUAUUGUGAAGUUGUUAUGCUGCAUUUCUAGUGGAAACUCAAAGAUUUUAGUGUAUGAGUACAUGGAAAAUCAAAGCUUGGACAACUGGCUGCAUCACAAGAGAAAAAGAGCUAUUACUGCUUCAGCACAUUGUGUCUUGGAAUGGAAUACUAGGCUGCAAAUUGCAGUUGGAGCUGCCCGAGGUCUAUGCUACAUGCAUCACGAGUGCUCCCCACCAAUCAUUCAUCGCGACAUUAAGUGUAGCAAUAUCCUUUUAGACCAUGAAUUGAAUGCCAAAAUUGCAGAUUUUGGACUGGCUAAGGUUUUGGCUAAGUGGGGAGAGACGGAGACUGCUUCUGCUAUCGCUGGCACGUUUGGUUACCUUGCACCAGAGUAUGCAUAUACGUCAAAAGUGAAUGUCAAGAGCGAUGUCUACAGCUUUGGUGUGGUAUUAUUGGAGCUGGUUACUGGGAGAGAACCAAUAAACAGAGACGAGCAUAUGAACCUUGCACAAUGGGCAUGGAACCAUCGUGAAGAAGGCAAUCCAAUCAUUGAUGCUUUUGAUGAAGAAAUCAAGGAAGCAUGUGUCUUGAAAGAAAUGAGCUCCAUGUUCAAAUUGGGGCUUAUUUGCACCAGUAGUAUGCCUUCUGUUAGGCCUUCUAUGAAGGAAGUUUUGCAAAUUCUAUUACUAAGUGUUGCUACGUCUUCCUAGAGAAAGGUUGUAUUUCUGCAAGAGGUUGUUUCCACGGCUUGAACCCGUGACCUCCUGGUCACAUGUCAGCAACUUUACCAGUUACGCCAAAGCUCCCGUUGGCUACUAUAAAAGGAAGAAAACUAUGUAAAGAAAGCUGAAAGGAAGAAUAACCACUUUAUCAAAGUGUUACGUGUAGAUAUCCUUUCAGUGACACAUCACAACAGUAUAAAAAGUUUUUUGAAACUAGUUCUAUUCUUUCGAAGUUAAAGUUUCUAAACUUAAAUUUAUCCCUAUAGAAGUAAGAAGUAGAAUUUGGCAAUACUUGAACAUGCCAAUGCAAUCGAGUGUCUAAAACGGCUGUAAAUUUAACCAUAUUAUUAUGCAAAAUGACUCGCCUUGA